AUGGGAAAACGCAAUCGAGGUGACAAUGAAGAAAGAGAGAAGAAAAGGUCGUUGGACGAGCUGAUACUCCAGUGGUUUUUAAAACCAGGCAACUUUGAGCGAUAUUUGAAAGCGGAUGGUCGUGCAAAGCUGCCGGAUUCUGAAACCAAGGGUGCUAUGGCAUUGGAGGUGAUCGAUCUUCAAAAAGAAUCUGGAUUGGGUACACGCAAAAUGAAUUCGAUGGUAUCAAAGCUUACGCUUUGGCAAAGGAGAUACCUCGAAGGACGUAGAUUGGCAUUACUGGGAUCAGAUGAGCGCACUAUACGCAAAGCAUGCCCUUAUUACUUUCGAGUUGUCGAUACACUUGGAGAUGCGGGCGUCGAAUUCGUUGAAGACGAUGAGGAUGAUGAUGAUGCUUAUGCUUCACCAACAGCUGAUACUACUACUACUACUACUACUACUCCACCGCCAUCAUCACAGCAACAAGGCCAACAACAAAACGGCAAUGCUCAAGGCAAUAAGACACCGUUACAGCAGCGUCUUACUCAACCAAAUGUCAUUCAUAUACGACGAAAUCCACAACAAGCUUAUUCAACACGACAACGACGACAACCAAUACGAUAUAUAGAAGAAUCCUCAUCAUCAUCGAGUGAUACAUCUGACAGUGACGACGAGCCUCAUCAGGGUCCUCCCAAAAAGAGGAUCAACAACCGCCAACGACCAGCUACUACUACUACUACUACUACUAUUAUGGUCCCACAAGAUUCCAAUCCAACACCAUCCUCCCGCCAACAUAUGAUGGAUCGAUUAGAGCAACAGAAUCAAGAGCUUCUUGAGCAACAAACAAGGGUAUAUCGAAUCCAGGAGAUGCAAGCACAAGCAACUUUAAUACAACGAAUGCAAGAAGCUGGUUUCUCAAAGGAUGAAAUUACUGAAAACCUGCAGUAUGUGCGUAGUGGUGGCAUCAUUUGA